AUGGUGUGCAUAAAACGGGGCACGGCCAGCGAGUGCCAAUACGUUGAGCCAGAUUGGACUUAUGGCCCGGUCUUGGUUCCCGAGCAGCUACCUGAUCUAUUGGUCAACGAUUGCAUUCCGCACGCGGCCCCAGAGCCGAAAAAUUUACUUAGUGAGCUUGAACAAAUGAAACGACACUUGUCAGAGUUAGAACGGAAACUGAGCUCGUCGACUUCACUGGAAACCCCGGCAGAGUCUGAGGCAGAGGAUGAUGUGAUUUCCUUCAGAAAUACACAUUUUGAUUUCGACGUCGAUGGCAGACUUAUGUUUGACAACGAUAUAUUUUCUCCCCGGAUGCUUUUGAUGAAAGAUCCACUCACACGGGUCUCCAAGGAGUACAUGGGAGACAUGAAAAAGACUGAGAAGGCGCGCACGGAGUUUCUGAAUCUGAAAAAUCCCUGGUUUGCAAACGAAAAGGACUCGAAGGUGAGUGAGGUAUUCAAGCAAAAAGCCUUGCACCAGCUGCCGUGGACAUUGCACAAGGAAACAGAGAUGCCUACUGAGGACUCUGUAAUUGACACGGAUGGGCCAAAACGUGGUCUAGGGGGCUAUUUGCAAAGUGUCAUGCCCACUAAAAAAUCCGCGUGGUUACUGCUUGAUCGCUUUUUCGAGUUCUGGUAUCCCCAUUAUCCGUUUGUUGACGAAGAGCAAUUCACUUGCUCGAUAUCUGAGGUCAUUGGGCAGCGCAGCAUGGAGGACGAGCAGAUUAAUAUUAUUGGCAUUUUCCGAACCAAGUUGGUCCUGCUUUCUUCGCUAUUGUAUCUGAUCCAUCUUGGCCAACUCACGUUGUACACAAUCAACAUGGAACCCAUUGCCGAAACCAAGACCGACGAGAACCUGAAGUAUCUUGUUGAGCAUCCGUUGAACAGUCGUCUUCUCACUGCAGCCUCGUAUUGCAGCAAAUGGAGCGGAAUGGCUCAUAUGCCUGCCUUGGCAACUUUACAGAACCUAUUGUAUUCCAGAAUUGCAUUUAAGCACUCGCCAAUGGAAGGAGAACAUUCGGAUUUGGAGUCAUUUGCUGGAUUAGUCGUGCGGAUGUCCGACAUUUUGGGACUUAACAGAGACCCGACAACCGUAACUAAUUCUCUUACUCCGAAGCAAGUCAACCUCUGGAGAAAAUUGUGGCUUGGUGUUUGGACGGUUGAUUCUGGAUGGUCUUUCCAAAAUGAGAGUUUUGCACCAAGGAUCCACAAAUUUAACACCAAAAUGCCAGUAUUUCUUGGAGAAACGAACGCAAAUUGCAAGAACGAGAGCGUGGAGCGUGGCUCUAUUGCAGUGCUUCAAAGUCGCGCGAAGCUUAAUCGGUUAUUUGCAGCACUCAUGGAGACCGUCACAGACCUCAGCGGGUCAGUGAAGACGUCUUGUCUGCUUGAAAGGAUUAGAGAUUUGGAAACCUACCAGGAAAACAUGACAGGUGACAUACUUAUGUUUCUGGAUCCGAACACACUGGGCUCAGAGGACAAAGUUACUCAAAUUCAGCGAAUCAAUGGAUGCAUCCAAUAUCUUGAGAUAAAACACAUGUUGGUGUUUCUCUACUACCAUCUGUUUCUGCAAUAUGAGCUUAAGAAUGAUGUUCCGAAAUCGAAGCACUUUUUGAUGAAAAGCAUCCGCUCUUUGAUGUCUAUCUUGAUAUUUGGACGCAGCUCCAUAUUCCGUCUUGGUGAUUAUUUUGGCCACGGAAACGAGCACGUGGUUGCCCAGACAGUGAUGCAAUCUGUAGGCAGAACCCGGUGCUUGUAUUUCAUGCUUUUGUCGCGCGUGAAGCAUGUCACUUAUACAAAGUUCAUUCAAGGAAACACAGAAACUGAAGUGGUGGCUGUCUGCAAUAACAUACUAGAAACAGUCGAAAAUCUAGUGGGUGAGGGGCUGCAGAUCCAGGGAAAACUUGCAGCAACCCAUUUCAGUGCCUGGUUUGCUUGCAAAAUCCAUUCCUUCGUCUAUGCGAAGGUCUACCCUGCAAUGGUGGACUCGCUUUUCAACACAGCGAAAGAACCAACGGAGGAACAUGAAAAACUAAAUGUCAACAUAAUGCUCAGGUGGAAGAAAAGUGAUUUUGAGGAUCUGGCAGAACUGCUUUCCAAAAAGUACGAGUGUGAGGACUCCUAUCUCGGCCACUCCUUUUCAAAUCAUGCAGAAAAAGCAUCAAAUGCUGCGGGCGCAGUUGACUCUGGUUGGAUUGGGAGGUUGAUAACUAACAGAUUGCAUCCUUACAUUGAAGGGAACCCUCUUAUUUCAGAGUUUCGGCAGGCUUUGAGACCGGAUCAAACCACAAGUAGUAGCGACACCACUCCGGGAACUGGUCUCGAAUUUUUGGGCUCCGAUCUGAAUAUUGAUGAGCUCUUCACGAAUAUCGAUAGUUCCAUUUGGAAUACUUUCCCCCUAUAA